UGACCAUGGUACACGUCUGGUCAACAGAGAACGGUGAAUCUAAUGGAUUGGUUAUCGGUUCAACCAAUCGAACCGACUGGUCCGAUUUUCUAGAACUCUUCCUGGCAAUAUCAAAACCCCAGCAAGAAUCAGCAACUCCCAGAUUCCAGUCACAUUUGCAAAUCAAAACGAACUCCACACAGCCCUCCAUAUUCGACCAGGAAAAAGAAAAGGCGGCGCCAACAAGAAAUCGCAGAGUGCAGAGGCGAUUUACCUCUAUAUCUAACCAUCGAUUCAUCAAUCAAUCAAUUAGCUUUUGUGUUCAUUGUAAUUCGUGUUUUUCUUUGUCUCUCUUGGUUUUUGAUCUCACAAUCAAGAGAAAGAUGAUGCAAGCUGUGGUGCUUAACCCAACUUACUAUAGGGCUCAGCAAACCCUAGAUUCCCCUUCCUCUUCUCGACCCUCCAAGAGUUCGAGCUUCUAUGGCAGCCACGUCUCGCUCAAGCGGGGGCGUAAUCAGCUUAGGCGCAUCCCAUGCCGUUCUGUGCGGAUUCGGUCGCCGGUCUUGACGCGAAGGCUAGUUGUAAAAGCAGUUGCCACCCCAGAUUCAGCAUUGGAAUUGCCGUUAACUGCAGAGAAUGUUGAGAGAGUAUUGGAUGAAGUUCGGCCAUAUCUCAUUGCAGAUGGGGGUAAUGUGGCAUUACAUGAGAUUGAUGGCAAUGUUGUGCGGUUGAAGCUACAAGGAGCAUGUGGCUCCUGUCCAAGUUCUGUUAUGACAAUGAAGAUGGGUAUUGAGCGCCGCUUAAUGGAAAAAAUUCCUGAAAUAGUUGCUGUAGAACCAAUUGCAGAUGAAGAAACUGGGCUUGAGCUGAAUGAAGAAAAUAUAGAGAAGGUGCUUGAGGAAAUUAGGCCAUACCUUGUUGGGGCGGCUGGAGGAUCUCUUGAGCUAGUGGCAAUCGAAGAGCCAAUAGUGAAAAUCCGAAUCACAGGUCCAGCAGCUGGCGUCAUGACUGUUCGAGUCGCUGUCACACAAAAACUACGAGAGAAGAUUCCAGCCAUUGCUGCAGUUCAACUUCUAUCGUAACAACUUAUCACCGCACACAGUAACAUCCUCAAACAAAGAGGGUGAAAGCGAAUAAACUCAAAACCUGUAUAAAUAUUACCAUACACUGUACAGUUGAGUUUAGCUGAAUGCAAUUGUUGAAUGUCAUUUUGAAAAUCCAGUUGGAGGAAAUUUUUAAAGGCAGCCAUCUUGUAUUGGCUCUUUGAUGUACACAGUUGCGCUUGAAAUUUAGUGUAGCAACAUUUUUCAUUGCCA